CUGGUUAUCAUGGCACCUGUCAGUGGAUGGGGUAUAUUAGGCAGCAAGUGAACAUUUUGUCCGCAAGUAGAUAGAUAGAUAGAUAGAUAGAUAGAUAGAUAGAUAGAUAGAUAGAUAGAUAGAUAGAUAGAUAGAUACUUUAUUCAUCCCCAAGGGGAAAUUCACAGUUUCCAGCAGUAUCCACAAGCUGAUAAUAAUAAUAAUAAUAAUAAUAAUAAUAACAAGAGGAGGUCAAUUUAGAAGAACUAAUAGAAUAAAGUAGAAUAAAUAGCUAAAUAACGAGCAUGGGGCUAGUGUCCUAAGGUGCAUGGUCAAAUCCAGUGUUUGAAAGGCCUAAGGUGCAUAAGUAGUGUCAGUCAGUCAGUAGUCACACAAUGCAGGGUGCACUGCGUUAGGUGGUAUAGUUAUGAUUGAUGUGUUAGAAGCUCCAAUUGCUGAAAAAGUUAAUGCUGGUUCUGAUAGAAAGGUGUCAGAACACACAGUGCAUCGCAGUUUGUUGCGUAUGAGGCUGCAUACGGCUGAUUAGUGUACUUCAAAGCAGGCUCAUGACAAAAAGAUAUGUAAUUUGUGACACACAAAGCACAAACAGCAGGGGAGUUCUUCUUGGGUGCACGACUGGAUUAGAAAAACCCUUUUUAAAAAAUUAAAUAUAGUAAAAUGUUGAGAGCACAGAUGUCUGCUGAGCUGUCUCUCUGCACACACCAAGAUCAUUUUAAUACAAUUAAUAACCGGCACCACAACAUCUUCCCUGGUUUUACUUGUUUACCACCACUUGCAUGGAAAUAGAUUUCCUUGAUAAGAACAUUGUUAUCUCAGCCAAAAAACUAGUUUGACCACUUUUACCUCAAUGAAAAGUAUCAUCUAAUUAAGAUGUUAUUAGGACGCUCAUACAGUACGUCUUCUGGCUUAAUUUGUCCAUAUAUACAUUUGUUAUGUUUGAUUUUCUGUCCUUAAACGAUCAGUAUGUAGGAUUUAGUGGCAUCUAGUAGUUAAGUUGCAGAUUGCAACCAACUGAAACCUGUUUACGUCUGCGUUUGACUACCUGGGAAUGAGAACGGGCUGUGAAGCGUGUAGGAGAAACUAUGGUGGCUGUGAAACUCGCUAAAGUUUCUAUCUACAGUUCGUGGUUGUAUCUAUCUAUCUAUCUAUCUAUUGUAUGUGGUGUGGUUUUGGCCACUUCUUGCAUUCUUUAGCAACACUUCCAUGGAAGAAAUGUUUCCUGAUAACUGAUAACUGAUGGGGAUUACGUGCUGCAAAGCAACAUGUAUCAUUGUCUCAUGCAAUAUGUGAGCAGUGUGCACUUGUCAUACUUGUUGGAAGGCUGGAGAGUUCGAUUUUGAAUAACUCAGAGAGACAAGGCUUGUGAACAAUGGCAGAUAAGGAGCUUGCCACAGUGAGGAAAAAGUUUGUGAACAUGGCAUCCAAAGAACUUGUCAGUCAGCUCCUGGACGACAUUUUAGAGGAUGGUAUCUUGAACGAUGGGGAGAAAGAUUCAGUGCUUGAGGAGAACCUUAGCAGAGCAGACAAGGCACGACUUCUCCUUGACACGGUGAAGAGGAAAGGAGCCAAAGCCAGCAAGAAGAUGAUCGACCACAUCGAACACAGAGACCCUACACUUUACUCUGAACUGGGUCUAUCCUGUGGUCAACGUGCUCCACCAGCUGCAGAGCCCCAGAUGAAAUGGUCGACUUUGCUCAUCCCUACCACCGAUGCAUUCUGGACAGAAAAACAAAAAGAUACACAUAUUUACCGUGUGACAGACCAGUCCAUUAGGAAUCGUGUGGCCCUGCUCAUCACUAACAUGAUAUUUGCUAAUCAGAACUUAAACAGAUAUGGAGCUGAGAAAGACGAGCAGAACAUGGAGAAACUGCUCACAGAUCUGGGAUACGAGGUGGUGAAAUACACAAACCUCACAGGAAAGGACAUUGAUGAUGCCAUGACUAGAUUCUCUAAACAUCCAAAACUCAGGGAGACUGACAGUGUGUUGGUGGUUAUCAUGUCUCAUGGGAAACUGGGAGCUGUCCUCGGUGUGAACUACGCAGAGGAUAAUCCAGAUGAGUUCCCCAUCAACAACAUUUACGAUCAUUUGGGCUCAAAGAAAUGUCCAGCGCUGUUGAACAAACCCAAGAUCAUCAUCAUCCAGGCCUGCAGAGGAGAGGCGGGAGGAGCAGUACUUGUUAGUGAUAGCGUCAAACCAGCUGUGGUCUGUGAUGAUGUGAAUCAGCCGUUUCCAUUGUUCUCUGCUGGUUACGACAACAUAGUGGAUGAUGCUUUGCAUUGCGUACACAAAGAAAAAGACUUUAUUUCUCUUCUCUCCAGCACUCCUGAUACUGUCUCAUACAGACAACCCGAUAGUGGGUCUUUUCUUAUCAAGUAUAUUGUCGAGGUAUUCUACACCUGUGCACAUAACGAUGAUGUUGAAGAACUCUUCAGAAAAGUCAUGCAACGCUUUGAAGACUUUAACAUAAACCCUUCUCUCAAACAAAUGCCAACCAAAGACAGAUGCACUCUGACAAAGCGCUUCUACCUCUGUCCAGGCCACUGAGAAAGGAUUGAGUGUUGGUUAAUACAAACUUGAUGUCUUUACAUUAGGCUCACUGUGCUUUAAGAUGAACUAGUUGGUGAAUAGAUCAAACUUUGUUUUCCAUUUACUUAAAUCAUUGCAUUUAUAUUUUUAUAUAUCUGACAGUGUGACACUUCUAUACUUUGUGUAUAUUGUUGAAAAGAGUUAUUUUUAGCUAUUGGAAGUGGACAGUACAAGUAUAGUACAGUUUUUGUGUGUUUGGGUACUUGUGUUUUUCCAUGUUUAUUGCUUUAUAUAGAGGAACGUAGUGUACUUUUUACAAUCAGUACUUUAAUCUGACAGAUGAUAACUAUUACUUUGCAGAUUAUACAUACAACAUAUACAGUCGAUUUAUAAAAUACACUACAAAACAAUGUUUCAGAAUAAACUACUCAACAGUGUGUGUAGUUGUUUGGAACAACAAUGAACAAUUAAAUGCUGUUUGUGUAAUAACAAUCCAAAUAUAGCUUUUAAGUCAUGAUGAUUAAUUUAACUUUUCAUACUUCAUGUACAUUUUUCUGAGGAUUCUGCUGUACUUUUACUUAAGUAACAUUCUUCACGCAGGACUUUUAGUUGUAAUGGAGUAUUUUUAAUUGGUGACAUUUCUACUUUUACUUGUGUAUAGGAUGUAAACACUUCUGCCACCACUGGUUAAGGGGAUUUGAAGGAAUCAGUCUAUACUUACGGUGUUACUUGUUGUAACUCUGGUAGCUCACCUAGUAGAAAGUGCUUCCUGUGUACAGAGGUCCUUGCUGCAGGUUUGAUUUCAACCUGUGGCCUUUUGCUGCAUGUCAUCCCCCUUUCUUUAUCCCCUUUGCACAGGAAGUCAGUCAAUUAAGGGAAUUUGGGAUCCAUUUAGCAUCUUAACAAUACAAUAUGUGUUUGCUUUUGCCUAUGAUCCAAACUCCUGUUGUAAACGAUAAUGGGACAAUAAAAUACUAUAAAUAAAUGUGUUUAUUUGAAACAAA